AUGGAUCGGCUAUUGAUUGUAAGGCUCGCGCGGAACGCCGUUCUUCCGUUGGCUUACGUAAUAUUCACCGCCGCCGCGUUCGUGAUCGCCGGCUACUUUUUGGCCCUAAAAACACAGUCAUCCAUGUUGUUUUGUAAAGAUGGAAACUUCAAGCAAUUCCUUAUUAAUAAAGUACCUGUUGUCAGAGAAAAAUAUUUACCUUCAAUUUGUGGGUUCAAUGGAUAUGCGCAUACAGUUCUCGCCACACUGUUUAGAGAAAUCAUUACACCUACAGUAGUUUAUGAGAGGGAAAUUUUGACGUUAAACGACGGAGGUGAACUCGCUGUAGACUGGCUGUAUCCAAAGUGUAAAGGUCCACAGAGUUUAGUAACUGUGCUCAUACUCACUGGACUUACAGGUGAUAGCCAAUCUGAAUAUGUCAGAGAAACAGUAAACCAGCUGUUUGAAAAAGGCUAUUGUUGUGUUGUUCUUAAUUACAGAGGCAGAGGAGGUGUAAAACUGAAGACUGCCCGGACGUACUCGGCGACCAACAUCGAAGACCUGACAGAAGUGCUGAAACACGUCAAGUCCAAACGGCCAAACAGUCCGAUCGCUGGCAUAGGAUUCUCAAUGGGAGGGUAA